AUGGUGAGCCGUGCCGCCGGCGCCUGCGCCCAGGCCUUCGAGGACUGGCAGACCUGUGCCUACACAAGGGGCUUCCAGAACUUCGGUUGUAAGGACAACCGGCCCAAGCAGUCUUGGAGGGGAGCGGGACCGGGGGCUCAGAGAGACAGAGGAGGCCCGGGGCCUCGAGGUGCUGUAGGCGCUCCAGGUGCCAGGGGAACACAUAGAGGCAGAAGUGCAGGGCGUACGGCAUCUACUAAGCCCCAACACACACAAUCUCAAAAUGAUCUCCAGUCUGGUCCUCCCCCGCCUCCUCCCCCUCUUCCUGGAGGCCCUGGCAUCCCUGAGUCCACUAGUCAGCCAGGUCCCCCGGUUCAGGGUUCGCCGGAAGAUGCUUCUUCAGGUUCACAGCCUGGUUCCCCUCAAGUCAAGGGGCCUCCUCAGCCUCCGAGUGUUACAAGUUCAGGCACUGGGCCAACUGGUGGUCAGGGGGCUGGGAAAGUUGGCAGUGGAGGGGCUGGUCAACAAAUUACUCAACGAACAAGUCACGACUCUGGUCAAACGCCAAGCGGCAACACUACUACGUCGGGUGCCUCGCAGCCUGGUGGAGGUGGGAGUGAUCAGCUGGAUCCUGCUACGGUUAAACUCAAAAAUCAGUUGGAUGAGUAUGGUAGACGGCAACUAGAGAAGAAGAAUAGGGAUAUUGAAGGUUUACGGGUAUCCUUGGACCGUGCGCUGCAGAACGCUGAGCAAAAGCAGCAAGAGAGAGAAAGAAAACAAAAUGCCCAGCGUUCAAAUAUAGGACGCCGACAGUAUUACAUUCCGAAAGAUUUGAAUGGACGGCCGCAUUAUGAUGCGGAUUCCUCUGACGUGCUUGUCCUCGAUGGCAAGGACGUUUCCAAUGAAGCAUUGCGUGACCCGGAAUUGAAUGGGAGCUAA